GCAUCCAAAAACCCUAGACCUCCAGCUUGCUUUGUUUUGAUCUGGCUUUUCUCCUCCUUUGGAAGGUUGAAAUUAGUGGUUGAACUUACUGCAGCUGAUACUCUCGAGUUUUGCAGUUCUUUGGAUUUGUUGAUUGAGAUUGAAAAUCUAUGGGCUUUGUCAACCCCAAGUAAUUUGUUUGAGUUUCUUUUGAAGCAGCUACUUGUUCGAAGAAAGGUUUGAGUGAAAGACUGUAUACAGAAAUUAGAUGGUGAUGAGAGAGAAGAUGAAGGGGAAGCUCAAUCUUGAAGAUGAGGGAGAUCCACCAAAGCCCGUAAUUGUAUUGACCAGUAGCGAAGAUGAAGAGGCAAAUGAAGAUCUUAGCCUCAAAAUUGUUGAGAAAGCAAGAAUGCGAGAGAUAAAGAGGAAAAGAAAAGAGGAUUUUGAUGAGUUUGAGGCCAGUGAGGGUGUUCGAUCCGCUAUGGUCAUCGACCUCUCCUCGUCGUCUUGUGAAGAAACUGAAGUAGCAGCUGAUCAGUGUGGCACCACUGACAGUGGAAAUGUGGCCGCAGUGGUCGCAGCGGAGGUGAAGAAGAAUAAAAAGAAAAAGAAGAAGAAGAAGAAAAGUAAGAACAUCAAACUGGAAGAAUGGAAUGUAAGCAAGGUUCAUUCCUUUUUGCUCUUUAGUCUUUCUUGUGUAUGGUUCAUUGUACUGUAUGGAAAAGGGGUACCAGUAAAAUUGAUCUUGCAUGUUUACAUUGACGGUUCUGGGCUUUUACCUCUUUUCUUCCUUAAGGUCAAUACUGGAAGGACAGAAGACCAUGCUGUGGAAAUUGUUUCAUUAGUGGAGACGGAAGCAGAAACCACUAAAUCUGUUGAAGCAAUUAAAUCCAUGGAAACAGAAGGAGUUGAAGUAUCUGACAAUAUUGUGCUACGAAAGCUUCUUCGAGGCCCGAGGUAUUUCAAUUCUCUUGAAGGUAGUUGGCCUAAGUGCUAUAAUUGUGGCAAGGAAGGUCAUGCAGCAUCAAACUGUGUGUCACAGGAGAGGAAGAAACCGUGCUUUAUCUGUGGGAGUUUUGAGCACAAUGCGAAGCGCUGCAUAGAGGGCCAAUAUUGCUACAUCUGCAAAAGAAAAGGUCAUCGUAAAAAGGAUUGUCCUGAGAAACACCUAAAGAAAAGUUCAGAGAGUUCAAAUACUUGUCUAAGAUGUGGAGAUGCUGGGCAUGAUUUGUUUUCUUGUACGAAUGAUUAUUCUCCUGAUGAUCUCAAGGAAAUACAAUGUUACACUUGCAAGGCCUUUGGGCAUUUCUGUUGUACUGACUUUAUAGAUACUGGCCCAAGAGUAGUUUCUUGUUAUAACUGCGGUCAGUCUGGGCACACUGGAUUGGGAUGUGCCAAGUCUCGUGGGGAGACCCAUGGUGCAGGGUCAUCUACUGUAUGCUACAAAUGUGGGGAGGAAGGACAUCUUGCACGGGGAUGCACAAAGUACUCUGAGUCUGCUCAAAGGAUCAGCGGAUUCUCAACACCUAGAAAGAGAUUUCGUAAUGAAGGUAGUGAUGUCUUAGAAUUUAGAUCUGCUCAUAAUCUUGGUAGAGCCUUUAAAAGGAAGAGCACCCAGCAUAAGGAAAUAGAAAUUGCUGCAUCAACAAAAUCAAGGCGGAGGGGAGGGUGGAUCACUGAUGAUCCAGGAGACCUGCCAAAUAUAAAGUCCAAAGCAAAUGGUUGGUGGUCCCCUACAACACCAGCCAAAAAGGGUCAUAAGAUUCCCAAUUUAACAGCAGGAGGUGACCCCUCAAGUUCUCGAUCUCCCUGGAAAAAUCCCAAGCUUCCUCCUCUAAGCCCUGGUUCACGUGGUUUAGCAAACUCAUAUCAGCCCAGAUUUUCGGCGUCAAGGUUUGGCAAUUCAAGUGUUGGUCGGUUCAGGAGAAAUUAUGAUUGGUAAGAAGUAGGAACUACCAGUUAUUACACCUUGAUUACCAAUAGAAGCAGUAGAAGGUGAGCUUGCAAAAGGAAGCAACAAUCCCAGAUUUUCCUGGUGGAGUGCAUGGAACUUGUUGUAACCUUGUCCAGGCCUCCAGAUACACUUUUGGUGGUGUCAAUCGUGUUUCUGUACAUAAUUAGAUGGGGGAACUGUUGAACUUCAGGGAGCUGAUUGUCGGCUCCCAGCUAAUUGUUGAGCUUUCUGGAACCAUUUCCGUUAUUUAUUUGUGUGGCUAACUUAAAAAUCCUUUCCUAUAAUGAGAUAAUAUCUGCAAGUUAA